AUGAUUGAACCAGCUAUUGAUCCUGAUCGUGUUGAUGUGAAUGUGCAUCCGACGAAAUCGAUUGUUUACUUUUUGGAACAGGAUAACAUAAUCAGUUCAGUCCAAGAUUAUGUGGAAAGCUUGAUUUUGAGUUCGUCCGGAAAUUGCAAUGUCUACCCAAAAAUACCUUUGAUGACUGAUGCUGUAACUCUGUCAUCUACCGGCGGCAACAGCAGCAGCAGUCCAUCAAAAUCGACAACUACCACAACUGGCGGGAAGAAAAUGCAUAUGGUUUCCGUUCCAGAAACACUCGGUGGGCCGCCACCGGCUUCUGCUGCUAAACCGACGCCGAAGGUGUAUGCUCAUCAGCUAAUUCGAACGGAUGCAAAAGAGAGGCGUUUGGAGGAAUUCAUGGCUAGCCAGUCGCAGAAUGCUUCAAAUACAACCGAAGAUUUUGCCGGCUUAAAUCGACCAGAUGGUGUUCCGUGGCGUGAAUUCGAUUUCGAAUCAUUAAAAAACAUGAAACAAGCACUAUGUACGGCGGCAUCUGUAAGCUUACGCUCAUUAUUCAAAGAGCAUACAUAUAUUGGGGCUGUGAAUGCCAAUCAGGUUUUAAUCCAGCAUUCAACAUCCAUAUAUCUCGUCAGUGCUCAAGAAUGCUUGCGAAACUUCUUUUAUCAGGUGCUUGUUCUCUCAUUUGGCAAUUUUGGAUCAUAUAAAUUGAGCGAAAGUGCGCCGAUGACCGAACUUUUACAUAUUGCUAACGACCAGUUAAGUGAUGAAGAAGUUGAGCAAAAAGCAGCUACGGUACUUGAUAAUCGCGAAAUGCUGGACGAUUAUUUCUGUCUUGGCAUAACCGAAAAUGGCUGUGUUGAAUCAAUCCCAUCUCUAAUUGACGGAUUCGUUCCACAACUGGAAUCACUUCCGCAGCUUAUUCAUACACUUUCAAAUGAUGUUAUUUGGGAUAAUUACUGCAACGAAGAGCAGAUUUCUGGAUUGGAUUCUAAAUCACAGUCUUGGAAAAGUGUCUACAGGGAUGUCUUGUUUCCGGCGCUCAAAUCAAAUUUUUUGCCUCCGCAAAGCCUGAUGUCAUCCUUACGACGUAUUGCUGAUUUACAUGAUCUUUAUAAGGUGUUCGAAAGGUGCUAA